ACGACACGUGUUACUUCACUAACGUGGACUGCGGCUAUUCGUACCAAUACACUGUGUACGCUGUCAGCUAUGAAUGCAACAGCCUGGUCAGCCAGCCCGUGUCCAUAUGGACCGCUCCUUGUCUACCAACAACCAUAAUAACAACAACUAACUGUAGCUCUAACGUACUGACCACAACCUGGGCGCCUGCUGCUGGAGCCUCUCUCUACAACGUGGAAGCGCUUGGCAGCAGCGGGGGCAGCUACUACUGCAACUCCACCUCCACCAGCUGUGUGCUGGGCGGCGUGCCUUGUGGCGAGUCCCUCAGCGUGUGGAUCGUCGCCUCCAAUCAGAACUGCUCCACUGUCCAAGUGCUCGGCGACGUGGCUCAGAGCGUCCCCUGCAGUCCCAUCAACGUCUCCUUGAACACUGGGUGCAUCCAAGACUCCGUGGCGGUCAACUGGAUAAUAGGCAACGGCGCCAUAUUCUUCAUUGCAAUGGCAGAAGAUCCAAAUGGAAACGCACACUCCUGCAGUGCACUGGGCACGAACUGCUUCAUCCGAGGCCUGAGCUGUGGUCAGAAUUACACUGCCAGUGUUAUCAGCACUAAUCUCUUGUGCAACAGUACGAGCACACAGGUCAACUUCGUAACAGCACCGUGUCCUCCAACCGGCAUUCAGGCCAUCAGAGACUGUGACACCAACCAGGCGCUGAUAGCCUGGAACAACGAACAGCUCCCAGGCCUCUACACAGCCACGUUAGAGGACGAAAGCAAAGCUAAGCUCAACUGCACCACUAACACUGUCAACAACUGCAGUAUCACUUCUCCACCUUGUGGAAAGAGAUUCAACGUCACGGUCACCUACAAUGACGGACACUGUCUGUCCUACUCCACACCUGUCAGCAUGGACUCAGUUCCAUGUGGUCCUGUGGACGUGAAGGCCAACGUGUCGUGCGUUACUGGCCAGCUGACGGUCACCUGGAGCUCCCCCGUUACUGCGCCAAACUACACCACCGUCGUCUCCCGACAAGCAGACCAGCCUCUACGCUGCAACUCUGCGAGCACUCAGUGCACGACCAGCGGGCUGUCGUGCGGGAGCUCCUACGCAGUGACCGUGUUCUCCAUCACGGGGACGUGCCUCAGCCUCCCGAGCUCUGUGGUCACAGUUCAGUCACUGCCCUGUCCUCCAACCAACAUCACCGCCACCCACACGUGUGCCCCCGACCCUGUGCCUGUGUCGUGGGUAGCCAGCGAUAGUGCCAAAUACUACACAGCUGUGGCUGUGAGCAGCGAUGGCUACAUGUCCCAGUGCCAGACCAACACAACUUCCUGUGCCCUCUCCCAGCUCCAAUGUGGGGAUGUUUACUCUAUUACUGUAGCAGGAACUGAUGAUACAUGUACAGGGCAACCAAGCAACAACUUUACUCUAGUAACAGAGCCAUGCACCCCCACUAACGUCUCCAGCAGGCUCUUCUGUAGCGACGGCGUUGCUAAGGUGUCCUGGGCUCCCAGUGUGAAUGCGCUGAGCUACGCUGUGAAAGCCACCAGCAGCGACCAGAUCCUCAACUGCACCACCAGCGGCACCAACUGCACGUUGAGCGACCUGCUCUGUGACCACACGUAUGACAUUCAAGUCAGCGCCACGGAUGGGACUUGUGUCAGCAACUACAGUUCCCUAUUCAGACACAACAAAGUACCGUGCGCUCCACAGAACAUCAGUACAAGCCUUGCAUGUGGCACCAACAUCCUAACCGUCAGCUGGACUUCCGCUCCGGAGCCUUUGAACUACAGCGUCACCGCUGUGAUUCUUGGCGGUAACACCACUUCAGCCAGCUGCCGCACCAGUACCACCAGCUGUGACCUCGAUGGCCUUCAGUGCGGACAGACCUAUAACGUAUCCGUCCAAGCUUCCUCCGGGAGCUGCAUCGGACCCUGUAGCUCAGCACAAACAGUUGAGACAGCGCCCUGCCCUCCACUGGGUUUAACCGCAGUGGCAGGCUGUGGUACAAACGCUCUCCUGGCCUCCUGGAACAGCUCCCUUGGUGCCACAUCCUACACUACAACAGUGACAGGCCCUAACGGCUUCUCCAGCGGCUGCUCUUCAUCAGACCUCACGUGCUCUGUCUCCGACCUGCACUGCGCCUCUCAAUACACUGUUACUGUAGCAUCCGUGCACGCCACCUGCACCAGCUCCCUUAGCCAAACACACGUGACCACAGGACCGUGUGACCCGGUCAACGUGACCAGCGUCCUCAUCUGUGGCUCUGACGCGGCCACAGUGUCCUGGGAAGCUGCUGCCGGGGCUGUGAGCUACAUCGCCGUCGCCCAGGACUCCUCUUCUCAUCUGUACGCGUCCUGCAGCACCAACACAACGUCCUGUCGCCUAAACCGCCUGCAGUGUGGAAGGGCCUACAACCUGACCGUGCUGGCCGAGGACCAGGACGCCACGUGUAACAGCACGGGAAGCAACACAGCUGUUCUGACCACAGCUCCAUGCACUCCACCUGUCCUCAGCAGCAACCUCAUUUGUGGCACAAAUUAUUCCUCCGCGUCAUGGGAGCAAGUAGCCAAUGCCGUAAAUUACACAGUAACCGCCACGACAGCGACCCGGCAGCAGAUUUCGUGCAGCUCGGCGACGGCGACGUGCGACCUCGCGGAUCUCGUGUGCAGCGAGACGUACACGGCCGCGGUCGUCGCGCAGGGAAGUCAGUGCCAGAGUGCGCCCAGCUCCAGCAUCAACAUUACCACAGUUCCCUGUUCUCCAUCGUUCGUAACGGCGCAGUACAGCUGUGACGCCAACGCAGCAGCGUUGACCUGGACGGACUCUGUGGGCGGCGUCAGCUUCUGGGUGCAGGUAGACGGUGGUGGAUACAGGAACACGUACCAGACCACAAAUACCAGCUGUGUGUUUGGAAAUCUUCCGUGUGGCCUGAAUUUUAAAGCGACCGUCCAGGUUCAGGGGCCGCAUUGCUCCAGCCUCCCAAGCGUCAGUGAUACCCUUGAAUCUGUCCCGUGCGCCCCCAGCAAUGUGAGCGCCAGCAUGGUGUGUUCCAAUAACUCCGCUCUGGUGACCUGGGUGGGAACCCCCACUGCUGUGGGAUACAACGUGACAGCCACAGCCCAGAAUGGACACACGUCCUCCUGCUACACCACCACUACAAGCUGCGAAGUGUCCAUCAAGUGCGGGAAAACCUACAACAUUACAGUCACACCACACUCACAGACGUGCACUGGGAACCCGAGCUCAGUUUACAGCUUUUCCGCAGGUCUUUGCGCUCCCUGCAACGUUUCUAUGUCUUCGGCGUGUGGGGCCGACGCUGUGUCUUGGUCCACUGUGACUGGGGCGCAGAUGUACAGAGCGACGGCGACGGCGGGAGACGGGACCAGUCAAACGUGCAGCUCAAACUCCAGCUCGUGCGAUUUCCCCCACUUCCUCUGUGGACAGACCUAUGGAAUCGCUGUCGCCACGCUGGACAGAGGCUGCUGGAGCACGCCGAGCCCGGCUGUGAAUCUGACAACAGUGCCGUGUGUUCCCACCAACCUGACGGGCCAAAUAUGCUGCGAGGACAAAGUGCUGACCGUUAAAUGGGACCAGAGUUCCGAGACUGGGACCACCUACAUGUUACAGGCUGAGAUAAUAGGAGGAGCUCCUACAGUGUACACCACCGUAAACACCACCUACACUUUAAACGCACUGUGUGGACAGACGUACACUUUUCGAGUUGCAGCACAGGAUGGAAACUGCAACAGCAGCUACAGUCCACCUAUAGAAGUAAUGACAGAGCCUUGUCAGCCGGUCAUUGUUGCUGUGGACGCUCUGUGUCAGAGCGAUUCCGUCUACAUCUCCUGGAACCAAACAAGCAACGCUGUGAAUUACAUCAUCACAGUCAGUGGGAACCUGGGAUAUGUGAACACGUACAACACGUCCCAGACCCUUCUGUCAGCCACGUUACCAUGCGGACAGGACUAUAAUGCGACUCUGCGGGCGCACGGCGCCAAGUGCUACAGCCUCACCAGCAGCGCUGCCUUCACAACCACCCCAUGUGUCCCCAGGAACGUGACCACCCAGGUUCAGUGUAGGCUUAAUGCCAGUUCUGUCAGCUGGGAGCCCAGCAACGGGGCCAAGACGUAUACGGCGCUAGCAACUGGGCUGGAUGGACGCGGCCGCGAAUGUACCAGCAACACCACAUCCUGCAGCUGGAGUGACCUGCACUGUGGGGAGCAGUACAGUGUAGUGGUGACGGCAGACAAUGGCAACUGCAGCAGCCUGGCCAGCAACGCCUCUACCAUCUACAUGAUGCCGUGUGUUCCCAUGAACGUCACAGUGACGAUGGACUGUGCCAGCGACACUGCUGUGGUGUCCUGGUCUCCCAGUCGUGGGGCUGUACAGUACUUGGUCACGGCCCACAGUUUAUACGACAGUGUGAGCUGUCAGACCUCUGGCCUUUACUGCACACUGUACAAUCUUACAUGUGGCAGUGGAUACGCUGCUCAGGUGGUGGCGGUGGGAGACACCUGCUCGAGUGUCCCCAGCACAUCUGUGACGUUCAACUCAAGCCCCUGUCCGCCCCGGAAUGUCAGCGCCCACGUCAGCUGUCUGUCAAACGACAUGACGGUUUCCUGGAGCGCCGUCAGAGACGCCGACCAGUUUCUGGUGUCAGCGCUUCCAUCAGACGGCGGCUUGAGUAGGUCGUGUGCCUCCACCAACACGUCGUGCUCCAUCAGCGGCGUGACCUGCGGAAACACCUUCACCGUUCAGGUUGCGUCCGUCACAGGCAGCUGCAGCAGCCAGCAGAGUGAGGCUCCGGGCGUCAUGUCAGCUCCGUGCCAGCCUCAGGGGGUCACGGGCAGCUUUGACUGCGUCGCCAGGUCUCCCAUCAUACGGUGGGACGCUGCUGCGGGGGCGGACAGCUACACUGUGACGGCCGCAGGCGAAGCGGGCCGCGCGGCCGACUGUAGCACUGCUGCUAACACCACAUGUGAAGUGAAGGGCCUGAGCUGCGGGCUGAGUUAUAACUUCAGCGUUACGGCCGCGAACCCCCAGUGUGAGAGUCCACCAAGUGGCAGCAUCCAGUUAAAAACAGAGCCCUGUGUUCCCACAAAUCUCUCCGUUGCCUACGAUAAUAGCGAGGCCCAGGUCACGUGGAACAAGGCGAAAGGUGCCAGCUCGUACUCUGUCCAGGCUCAGACUCCUCAGGGACCCGCCGUCACCUGCAACGGCACCGGCACGUGGUGCUUGCUCAUUGGCCUGCAGUGCAGCAGGAUCUACAACAUCACAGUGACGCCACAGAACGCGGCCUGCAACGACUCGGUGGUGUCCGACCCCUACGUCCUCAUAACGGAGCCGUGCCCUCCCACCAACGUUCAGGCCAGCGGGGCGUGUGACCAGCUGACUUCAACCGUGUCCUGGCAGCAGAGCGGCCUGGCCGUGGGCUACGUCGCCCACCUUGAUGACUGGAACGGCCACUACACCUCCUGCUCCGGGAGCAGCACAGACGCAUCCUGCUCCGUGUCUGGACUGACGUGCGGCACCGCGUACGACGUCUGGGUCGAGGCUGUGGGUCAGCAGUACAACAGCUCGGGCAGCGCCGCGGUCCUCCUCACCUCAGCUCCGUGUCGGCCCGCAGACAUAAAGGUCGACGUCAGCUGCCAGUCUGACGGCGCUGCCGUGGUGUCCUGGAACUCCACUUACGGCACGGCCAACUUCUCCCUGUCGGCGGACGUCGGCGGAAGCCUUCGGACCCUGUGCGCGACCCAGCAGGACGGCUGCAACGUGACGGGGCUGAGCUGUGGCCAAACCUACACCGUCGGCAUCACCGCCAGCAACGCGCAGUGCGUCGCGGCGGCGGUGAACGCCAGCCUGACCACACGUCCUUGUCCUCCUCAGCAUGUCGCCGUUGACCUGCUAUGUGAAACCCAGGCUGUGGUCGUGUCCUGGGAUCAGUCGCUUGGAGUGGACCUGUACGAAGCGUCUGCCACCAGUGUGUCGGGAGGGAGGGUGCAGACGUGUAACUCCACAGGCGCCAGCUGUCAGUUCACUAGUCUGUCCUGCGGUGACACCUACAAUGUUACGGUGGUAGCACACAGCCGAGGCUGCUGGAGCCGGGCCAGCAACCCGGUGUCCGUCCAAACAGAGCCUUGUCAGCCGGUCAUUGUUGCUGUGGACGCUCUGUGUCAGAGCGAUUCCGUCUACAUCUCCUGGAACCAAACAAGCAACGCUGUGAAUUACAUCAUCGCAGUCAGUGGGAACCUGGGAUAUGUGAACACGUACAACACGUCCCAGACCCUUCUGUCAGCCACGUUACCAUGCGGACAGGACUAUAAUGCGACUCUGCGAGCGCACGGCGCCAAGUGCUACAGCCUCACCAGCAGCGCUGCCUUCACAACCACCCCAUGUGUCCCCAGGAACGUGACCACCCAGGUUCAGUGUAGGCUUAAUGCCAGUUCUGUCAGCUGGGAGCCCAGCAACGGGGCCAAGACGUAUAUGGCGCUAGCAACUGGGCUGGAUGGACGCGGCCGCGAAUGUACCAGCAACACCACAUCCUGCAGCUGGAGUGACCUGCACUGUGGGGAGCAGUACAGUGUAGUGGUGACGGCAGACAAUGGCAACUGCAGCAGCCUGGCCAGCAACGCCUCUACCAUCUACAUGAGUCCGUGUGUGCCAAAGAAUUUGGUUUCCUCUGUGAAUUGCAGUGGGAAAGUUGUCUCUCUGAGCUGGGACGCCAGUAACGGGUCAACAUCUUACACAGUUUCAGCUUAUGCAGCGAACCAAUCAUCAACUCUGUCCACUUAUAUGACCACAGCCAGUUUCUCUGACCUGACCUGUGGACAGAAUUACAGCAUUAGAGUCAAGCCUCACAGCCAGAACUGUGCUGGCUGCUCCGAUGCACAGACCUACGUGGAGACAUGGCCUUGUCCUCCUUCAGGAGUCUCCAUCGUGCAGGACUGCGUCUCUGGCAACGUCACAGCGGCCUGGCAGGCCAGCCAGGGGUCAGACUCCUACACCGCCACCCUGCAGAGCGGCGCCGGCGCCUCGCAGACGUGCACGUCCACCUCCAACACCUGCAGCAUCCCCCACCUGAGCUGCGGCAGCAACUUCUCUGUGUCGGUGACAGCUAGCAACCGGCAGUGUAACACCACCUCCAGUCAAACGGCGGGUCUGACGUCAGUGCCGUGUGUUCCCAUGAACGUCACAGUGACGAUGGACUGUGCCAGCGACACUGCUAUGUUGUCCUGGUCUCCCAGUCGUGGGGCUGUACAGUACUUAGUGACGGCCACCAGUUUAUAUGACACUGUGACCUGCCAGACCUCUGGCCUUAACUGUACACUGUACAAUCACACAUGUGGCAGUAGAUACACUGCUCAGGUGGUGGCGGUGGGAGACACCUGCUCGAGUGCCCCUAGUGAAACUGUGAAGUUCAACUCAAGUUUUUGCCCCCCUGAUCAACUUAACGUCACACUGGACUGUAUAGAUCAGUCUGCGUUGCUUUCAUGGACGCCCAGUGUGAAUGCAGUGCAAUACUAUGCCCGUGCCCAGGCUGAGAAUGGAAAUAAGUUGUGCUGUCACAGCAACAUUCCCAGCUGUGUCAUUCAGGGUCUUGAGUGUGGAACAGUUUACAACUUCACUGUCAAGACAUCAGAUGGAACUUGCAACAGCUCCUUCAGCAAUCCAGUGCAGAUGGGAGCAGUACCUUGUCCUCCAGAUUCUGUCACCGUGCAACUGCUGCCAAUGCAGAACCAGACUCAGGUGUUGCAUUUCAACUGGAACCAGUCCUCGUGCAUGAACACCGAGUACCUGGUGAUGCUGAAAGGCAGCCUGCUGGGGAACAGCCACACUCUGGUGAACGUCUCCUCAUACUGGAAUAACAGGACAUACUUUGAAAUUCCUCUUCCCUGCAGCACGUCGUACACUGCCGCUGUGGAGAGCAGGAACACUGCUGGUACCAGUGACCCUUCAGUGUUUCUCAUCAAUACAACAGCUCCUUGUCCACCACCAGGAGUAAUUUGCACCAGUAACAGCUCCUUAGCCACCGUUUCGUGGAGCGCCUCCGUGUUUGCCACUGAAUACACCGUGUACGACAACAGUGUGACACCGAGGGCGAAGCUGUGCAACACUGCAGACCUGUCCUGCUCUCUGCCCUACAGCACCUGCACGUCCCUGGUGAUCACAGCCAGUAACUCAGCCGGAGAGAGUGAAGCUGAAAACGUGGCGACUACGGGACGCAGGAGGAGAGAUCUUAGUUAUUAAAGGAGUGAGCAGGAGGCCUCUGCUUCCAGGUACAACCUGGUGCUCAGACAGGGAGGUGGCUCCAGUGAACCUGAGAACAAGAACAAAGAGUGUCACUGUCACUUCCAGAAUAUGAACAUCUUCUGUAUAUUUGACUCCUCUCUUUAGAAACUUAACCUGGCAAAUGAUGGGAAUUAGCAUGGGUCACUCUGGUUUUAACAUUUGUGCCAUUUUACUUUAGGCUGCAUUGAUUUAUAGUGAACAUUGAUGUAAUGAAGGGCUAGAGUUGGGAUUGCUGAAAUAGUGAAAUGACUUGUAAUGCAGGGAAUUCAUAUAAUUAAUGACGCUAACAUCAUAAUGGGGAAAUGCACUUAGAAUAGCCUUCAUUUAUUGUGCUUAUGUAAAAACCUUUGUAGAUGUGCGGUUGUAUAUUUUGUGAGCUGGGUUAUUGUUUGACCUUAAGAUGCAUAACUUGUUUUACAUAAACUGCUCUGGUCUGUUUC